ACAGCUGUGAACGUAGCUCAAACGUGAACGUGACGUGAGCGAGCCCGAGCGUGAGGAGAGAUCGAGCCAGCAAAAGUGAGAAAAUAAACAUUGUGGAUCUAGAUUCCUUCUGGAAAGAGAAAAAUGGCAUCAGGAUCCGCAUCAGGAUCAGGAGGCGCUUCGGACGCUGGAAUCGAGGACCAUCGCAGAAAAUGGGACAAAGAAGAAUACGAAAAGUUAGCAGAAGAGCGGCUUCUGGAAGAGUUAGAAGCGCUAGAACAAUCAAAACAGAAACCAGCUCCCGUCACCAGAGAAUUAUUGCGUCAAAGAGACUACCGUGUAGAUCUUGAGGGAAAGCUUGGGAAGAGUGUAGUCAUUACUAAAAACACACCUUCAUCUCAAACAGGAGGGUACUAUUGUAAUGUCUGCGACUGUGUUGUAAAAGAUUCAAUUAAUUUCCUAGAUCAUAUCAAUGGAAAGAAACAUCAAAGAAACUUGGGCAUGUCAAUGCGCAUUGAACGAUCAUCAUUAGACCAAGUUAAGAAGCGCUUUGAACUCAACAAGAGAAAAUUGGAGGAAAGGAAGAAGGACUAUGAUCUCGAGCAGAGAAUGAAGGAAAUGAGAGAAGAGGAGGACAAGCUGAAAGAGUACAGGAAGGAACGGAAGAAGGAAAAGAAGAGGAAAGUAGAUGAUGAUAUUGACCAAGACCAAUCAGAGGGACAAUCUGAAUUGGCUGCUAUUAUGGGUUUUUCUGGAUUCGGCGGCUCGAAGAAGUGAUGUGCAUUAAUCUUGAUGUAAUCUUCUCCUUUAUGUUAAAAACCUUUUCCUUUAACUAUCAAUCAAAUUAUGUAUGGACCAUGUAAGAUUUUUCACAGUGCAUAAAGAUUUAUUUUAGUCUUCAUGUACAAGCAAUAUAACAUUUCUUUACUGCA